UUAACUGAAAGCUCACUUUUACAAGAAGUCGAUUUGACAACAUUAGUUACGAUAUGUAACAUCAAAGUUGGGGAGGCCCUCAAAAUAAAAAAGGUUGCCAAUCAAUAUCCCAAAGCCGAAACAAGAAGUGAAGAGGUGAAUGUAAUCAUAAUUGUUGCAAAACAGUUUAAGGUAGAACUCGUAGAAGUCCCAUUUUAGAGGAAUUUUAUUUACGCCAAUUACGCAAGUAGGAAAGUUUUAAAAAAGUAUUAAUUAUGUCAUAGAAACCUACCAUUUUUCACCAUAGUAAAAAGUGCUCACUUAAGAUAAUAGUAUUAAAAGUAACACAGGUGUACAUCAAAAUUUACUGAUAAACGUUAUUUUGGCUGCUAUUUUCUUAUUAGUCUGUGCCUGAAAAGGAAACGUUUACCAUUGAUCAACAUGCUAAUACUAGCCAUGAUGUCAGUUCUCCAUUUGCAUUUGAAGAAAGGAAGAAUAGAAUGUUUUUCCGUGAUUUUCAAUUACCCAUGAAGGUAAGCUUUUUGAUACAUUUAUACAUGAAUAAGGCCCUGUCCACACUAGUGCGUUUUCAAAUGUAUGCGUUUCCGUAAGACCGAAAACUCAUCGAUCGAUUUGCAUCCAUACUACCGUUUUCGUAGUGUAUUCGACUGUCCACACUAAAAGGCUGAUCCGAUCGUAGUGUGACGUAAAGCAGCAAUUUACGCAUGCUCGGCGUUUGUUUUAGCAACCAGCCCUGCUUUUUGUCAUUUCCCGAUAGUCCUCUUGGUCGAAUUGGACCCGGGGACGGCCCAGAUAAAACGAGUGAUCUUAGACCAGCUAUUUGUCUUUGGUAUGAAGACAUCAGUGUGUUGUAUAAAGCAAAAUUUGACUGCAAACAAACCAUUACGUUUGCCAGAAGCAUAAGAAAUUCCAUAUCAGGCUCGUCCGCCAUGUUUCGUUGUAAUUAUUUUGCAAUAAGCUGACUUAAGAUCUGGGAAAGAGUGGCAAUCAAUGCGAGUGACGUCAUCGUUUUCAAAAGUAUCCGUUUUUGAGUGUCCACACUAAUACGAUAUGUAUGCGUUUUCAUUUGUAUUUACUUUCAACAGCGUUUUCAAGUCGAUGCGUUUUCGGUGAAUAUGCUGAGCGUAUUCGAGCGUAUUAGUGUAUUCGACGGAAGGCUGAAACGCAUUCAAAUGUAUUUGUUUUCAAACGAAACAGAAGAAGAGCUUAGAAGCUUAAGUCAAGAUUUGAACUGAUCCAUGCAAGACAGGAUCAAAUCUGCAUUGUACCUUAACUGGAGAUUACGUUCCUCGAUUGUAACAAACGCCAUGAUCUCUUUUUGGUUACGUUACGCAGAAGUACUUUAUUUUGAAGUACGUGCUAGAAGUAAAGGCUGCUUUCCAGUUACGCGUUUUUGCACGUGCGUGUAUGCACGGAAAAGUUAAUAUUCCUUUUACCUUUUAACUUUUCCUUAUGAAAUUACUAGUUGCAUAAAAAGACAGCAUACAACUUGAUGUGUGAUUUAAUGUGUAUUCGUUAAGGUAAUUAGUACUUGAAUAAAAUUUAGAAAGAUUUGAACUUGCGUACACGCACGUGGAAAAAACUCAUAACUGGAAAGCAGCCUUAACUUAAAGCUGCAUUUCGAUCGCGGUUCAGUCAAACUGCUGCUGGGACCUCGGGGUUCUGUCGAAACCCGGUGCACCCACAGUCGAACAGUGGAUGCUUUCGUUAAAAAAUUAAACAUCAAAUUUUCUUUUUCAGUUUUCCGCUAGUGUAGCACUCGCGUUGGAAACCAAGACAUUAAUGGGAAACCUGCGGCAUGAGUUCGUCAGAGAUAUUUGCACUCAUAUAUCGUCAAACGGUGUGUAUUUUCUGAACAAGCUAGAAAGAAACCUGGUCGCCACCGCCAUAGUGACAAAAUACCCCUUUCUUAAAGAUCCCAUUGGCAGCGGAUUGGUGAGUUUGUUAUUAUUUGUACUUUUUAUUUUUGAUUCGAGUUCAUUACUCUUUGCAGUUAUCCUGAAUGAAUUUAUACGAGGAUGGCCGAGCUACGCUAGCAACGAUUGCACGGUGCGUGAAGAACCCUUAGGCUAUGACGUUAUGGCUGAAGCUGACGGUUUUCUUUGUUCGUCCGAGGUUUAUAACUAGCUUAUAUACCUUGAAUAAAUGAUUAGGUGAAAGUUGUAGACAAAACGCGAGAAUUUUUCAUUAAAAAUUUUUGAAAAUGACAAAAUAUGUUGGAAAACCUCCGCAAAUGAGAUAUGUUAGUUAUAAACCUCGAAAGUCGGUUUAUAACUGAUAUAUUGCCCUCGGACGCUACGCGUCCUCAGGGUCAAUAUAUCAGUUAUAAACCUCCUGCUCGGCUUAUAACUCUAACUUAACUGAUGUUGUUUGUGUUGCUUGAAAGGGCUCCUGGGAAGAAGCCAUCAAAAACCGGUUCAAACAUGUCCGUAAAUAUGAUGCAAAGAAGAGGAAACUCAUCAAUUCAGAUACUACCACACCUACCAAAGCUGCACCACCUGUUAAGAGAACAAAAAAGUCAGAUUUCUGGAAUGAAGCUCCAAAUUAUAUUAAUGAAAAUGAGGUCUUUCUCGAUGAGCAUAUUGCAGAGUUAGAAAAGCAAUGCUCCAGACCACCAAGCCACCAAGAUACCGGAAAAAUCAAGCUGCUGAUGGCUCAAACUUUUGAAUAUAGAAGAAAAGAAAUCUUGACCACCCUCGUUCCCGUUAAGGACAUACUGGCGAAAUAUCCCCCUCUCGCCACGGCUAUGGGGGUAAGUGCUUGGGACUAAAUCCAGAUCCAAAAUAUAGUGGAGUGAGUACAGUAUUUAUUAUAAAUACGCAGUUAUAUAUUAUUUGUUUAAAUCUUAAAAUUAUAUAGAUUCGUCAUGAAUUCUGUAGAGUAUUGAAGGACGACAAUGCAGUGCAAGAAAUCAAGGAAAGGUUUACAAAGUACAAGUCAGCAGUUGUUCAAUAUUGCAAGAAGCUACCCCGAAAAUCGCAAUUCGUCAAAAGCCUUCUUAGCUCCUUGCAAGAAGCGACGACAAAGGAACUUGUCUCAGUUGACAGUAAGAUAAUUUAUUGUUAUGCAUGCGAUUCAAAUUAAUAUAGCGCAUAUAACACAUAUUAACAAAAUCGUUCAAUAAAUAAUGCAAUACAAUAGCAAAUAUAAUUAUUAAUACAUUCCUACAAUUUGUAGAUAUUGAAAGCAUGUUCGUGUUGAUGGUUCUACCAGAAUUAUUACAGCUAAAAAACAGGAAAACUCAAAGCAGUCUAGUUGAGAUUCUCAGUGUAAGUAUUAUAGCUAUUUAA